AUGCUAAGAAGACAAAAGAUUAUAAUCUUUGUGUGUAUUUCGAUUAUACUUGUAUCAUUAUUCACAACUAAGGCGGUGGAUAUCAAUUCAAUUGAUGCUACGAACACAGCUUUUUCUAUAACACCAAAUUUGUUCAAUUUUAAAACAGUGCAUGAGGAACCUGAGCUCCGUUAUAAUGAGAAGAGAGUUACGUUUGUUUCAAGACAUCCUGGUACAAAGAAGGAUUUCGGCUUCUUAGUAGAUUUUCUAGAACUUAAAAAUGUCACUUACUAUACUAAAUUAAUUGAGCCUAAAGGUGAAUCUCCAUACAUUCUAACAAACGAAGAAGCCGAUGAAAUUUGUGAAACUUCUGAUUAUAUAUUUGUGACAGAUUGUUUAACUGAUGGUUGGAAUUUUAUUAGAGAUAGAAAAUCAAAAUGUAAGAAUUUACAUUUUAUUGUUUCUCAACGUGCUGAUUUCUGUGCAAAGAAGGAGGAUAAAAACAAGUUCUUAAAAGAUUUAGAUUUUUCUUUAAACAGAGAAGAUGAAUUUAGAACAAACCUUAUUCCAAACAAUAUAUUCGAAGUUCCUUAUGCUAAGUUUAAGGGUGUCAAUAUUACUGCCGAGUACCCAGUUAUUAGACCUUUUGGUUACACAGACAUGGAAGCAAAGACUAUUGAUAAUGAAGAAAAAAAUCCUCCUUGUCUAAUCGCUGGUAGAGUCAAGCAAGAUACUGACUACUUAUUCAAAUCCGUUCAAGAACAUACUGGCUAUACCUGUAAAAAAUUACCGGAAUUAUAUGGUGGCCCAAAAACUUUAAGUCAAUAUAAUUCCAUCAUUGUUCAUUUACCUCAUCAAGUCUCUGUCAUGAAAAUGUGGGAAAAUAUAGCACAUGGUGUUUUAAUAGCAAUUCCUUCGCCAUCUUUCUUGGAUGUUGUCUGUGAAGGUCGUCUAUGUAAUGACAUCGGUGAUUUGAACUUCUCUAAAAAACUCGAUAAGAAAAAUUGGGCAAAAUAUUGUGAUUUCUAUAAUGAUCCGAAAUUCAGUAACUGUUUUAUCCAAUAUGAAAGCUGGGAAGAAUUGAAACAAUUAUUAGAAAGCAGAUCAUAUCUGGAACACAUAAAUGAAUGUAGAGAUAUUAUGCAAGACAGAAGAUUAGAGUCAUUAAGAAGUUGGAGAAAAAUCUUUGAAAAAGGCAGUCUCACAGCUUGA